AUUAAUCGAACCGUGGAAGCUUGUAACGUUUCAGGAAAUCGACAUUUCGAGCAUACGAAAGAAUCAUAAAAUACAACUCAUAUAAGUUAAUUAAAAUGUCAAAACGAAGAGUUACUCUCGAUGAGAAACGUACAAGAUUACUUCAUCUCUUUUACGAGAAGAGAGAAUUCUUUAGUUUAAAAGAAUUGGAAACCAUCGCACCUAAAGAAAAGGGCAUUGUUGCACAGUCUGUGAAAGACGUACUUCAAAUGUUGGUAGAUGAUGGAUUAGUCAGAUCGGAAAAAAUUGGCACUUCGACAUAUUUUUGGACUUUCCCAGGAGAAAAUAUAACUGGGACCGAACAACGAAUAUCUGAUGCCUCUAAGAAGAUAGUAGCUGCGGAAUUCAAACUUCAAAAAUUAAGGGAAGCCUGUGAAAAAGAGAAGAUAGGAAGAGAAGACACAGAGGAGCUGCAGAUAUUAUUGAAUGAGAUAGAAAAACUUAGGGCACAAGAAACUCAAUUGAAUGAACAGAUUGCUAAAUUCAGUGACACUGAUCCUGAAGCUAUAGCCAGAAUGGAACGAGAAGUGAAAGAAUACAAAGAAGCUGUGAAUGUAUGGACGGACAAUAUUUUUGCAGUACAAAGUUGGUGUAAAAAGAAAUUUGACAUAUCGGAAGAAAUCCUCAACAAGCAAUUUAACGUUCCUAAUGAUUUAGACUACAUAAACUGAGAUUGUACGGAAAUAAAUUUUCAUUUUUCUAUUACGUA